AUGAAGGGAGACGCAUUCGUUGCAUUUCAUGGAUCGUGGGAUAGAAACGUACCUACUGGUUACAAAGUCAUUCGCGUUCCUUUCACGCAAAAUACGAGCUAUCCGAUGCCGACUGGAGAUACUCAAGAUGUGUUUGGACAAACGGAUGCUGUAAACGCCGUGUUCAGGAAAGGAGUAAUGUUUAUAUUGUCCGAUGCAACUGGAGAGGUUAUCCGAGUUAGAAAGGGUUCAGAAGAUACAAAUGGAG